UCGGAAAAAAAUCGCAUUUUGCGUACAAGUGCGUUGGGUUUGCUCUUGGCCACCUGCAGCCUGAUCUCGUUGGUCUAUAUGGAACAAAUCGAACGCUGGAUGAUCGAGUCGUUCAUGGUUCUCAGGCCGGGCACACUGAUUAGCAAUCUGUGGGAGUCGCCCUCGAUGGAUAUAACCGUGGAUUUGUAUAUGUUCAAUUGGACAAAUUCUGAGAACUUCAGCGAUCCCACGGUGAAGCCAAGAUUUACGGAACAUGGACCCUAUCGCUUUACGGAGCGAAUGCAGAAGCUGAAUGUGGAGUGGCACGAUGCGAACUCAACGGUGUCCUAUAUGCGGCGCAGUCGUUUCGAAUUCGAUCCAAUACAUAGUGCCGGACGUCCCUCGGAUCCCAUCGUGGCGCCCAACCUGCUCAUCGUGGGCUUGUACCAGAAGAUGCUCUCCUGGAGUCCCAUGCUGCGAUCCCUCAUGAUGAUGGCCCUCAGCAUAUACGGCAAGGAGCGCACGAUGGUGCGACCGGCCAGCGAUUGGAUGUUCGACGGAUUCGACACGCCACUGAUCAAAAUGAGCAAAUUUGUGCCGCCCAAUUUGGUUCCGGAGAUGAAUUUCCCCUACGAGAAGAUCGGUUAUGCUUAUCCACGCAACGGCAGUAUGGAGAUCUAUGGCCACCACAAUGUCUACACGGGACGAGGAUUUAAGAAGCUGGGUCAAAUCGCUCGGUGGCGCUAUAACAAUGUCACAGAAGCCAGUCCCAGGUGCAAAUUGAAGGGCAGUACCGGGGAGUUCCAUCCAAUACCGCUGGUGAAGGGCAGACCCAUAUCCUUUUUUCUGCCAGAUCUGUGCCGUGAGCUGCAGAUUGAUUACUCCGGGUCCACUACAUUUGAGGGAGUUGAGGCAUACGUUUACAGGGGCAGUGAACGCAAUGUAGCUAAUGGUACUGACAACCCAGAUAAUAGUUGCUAUUGCCAAGAGAACUGCCAGGAGGUGAGAUCCGGUCUUUUGAACAUAUCCUCCUGCUGGUAUGGAACACCCGUCUUUGCUUCCUAUCCGCACUUUUAUAAGGCGGAUCCCUACUAUGUGGAGCAGGUGGAGGGCAUGAAGCCCGAGAAGGAUCGUCACGAGAUGGUCAUCAUGCUGGAGCCCAAAACCGGAAUGCUGUUGGAGAUCAAGGCUCGAAUAAUGGCCAAUUUAUUAGUUGAACCCCGAACUCAAUCAAUCUACCGCAAGGCGCGAACGACGUUCUUCCCACUUAUUUGGGCGGAUUAUAAUGUGCGGAUAACAGAUGAUCUUCUGAGCUACGUGAAGUUAAUACCGAUCAUGGAAUUACUGGGCAAGAUCGGUGGAAUCCUGGGCGUGGCUGUGGGCGUUGUGAUGAUCUUCUGGUAUCCACACCAGAUGAUAUGGCAGAAGCGCUUUAUGCAGAAGAUCGAGAUCAGUAGCCUGGAGGCCAACAAGAUGGCAGAUUCGAUUAAAAACAAUGGUGUGGAAGAGUCGCCACUUCUUAUAGGAUUGCAAUAUACGGGGGCCAAAGGGGGGACGGGAAAUCCCCACUGAAGGUCGUACAUUUAGUAAGUUUGCAGGAUUAAGUUUGCAGGGUUUUUUCCUGCCUAGUCUACAGUUUAAGCCAAUAAAUGGUAAAUGGUGUUCAUAUACUCGGUGCCUGAAAAUUAUCGAAUUUAUAGAUUACUCGUUUUCUUUUUAUGACUGUUGUUGUUUGGGGAUUGUCCGUUGCCAUUUCUUAUCAAACUGAAUCAUACAGUUAUGUACAUACAUACAUAUAUACAAAAAGUCCCCUAGGAAAAUAAAUUACACACUCAUUAGUGAUAAACAAUUGUGUAGCAAUUGUAGCAUUGAAAUGAAAACCCCUCGACCGAUGCACUUACAUACAUAUGUACAUUGAAUGAUGAACCGAUUCGGAACCGAUUCAAGAAAAUGUUUACACCACAAAAGAGACAAACCAGUUUGGCAGACCAAAGAGGAAGAGAAUGAAAGAGAGUAAAAGAGACUGAAAGAGAACUGAUGAGAAAGAAAGGUGAUUAUACCCUACAAUUAUUAUCCAUUCGUUUUUGUGAUUAAUUAGCAAUUGUAUAUCCAAUUUUGUUUUUGUCGUAUUGCUGUUUUAGUAUUAAGAUUAGAGGAGCAAACAGUAUAUCU